AUGAAGACGCUUUCACUCCAGCUCGCACGUGCCAAGCACUACCUCACCUUCCAGCCAGCAACGAAGCGGUCGACUUCUCCUCGACCACCCGCUCGCACUACGGCUUGUCUCAACUUCCAGUGCCUUCGACGCUACGUCGCGCAAGUCGCAGUCAUGGGCCUACUUACUGCUAUCCUCGCUGCUUGUAUCACACUGGCCAUGCUCUUUGAGCCCAUCCACGCUAUCUCUAUCCCUGGGCCCAACGCUGCGCACGCUUACAAGUCCGCUAUGGCCAAUUUCCCAAUCACUGGCGGCCCUGAAGUGAGCCUCUUCCUGCCAGUCAAGAAGUCAGAUUGCAGCUAUGAGAGAGAUAGGCUAUACAUGCCAGCUGGUGUUGCGCGUACCUCAGAUAAGCAGUUCUUCGGCAAUGUCAGCACCAGUGUCUUUGACAAGAUGAAGUACAAGACCUGCGACGGCAGCAGCAAGACCAUUGACGCCUCCAAGAUCCCGCUCGUGUUUUUGGAACCCCAGGUCGGCACUAGCCGUUUCUUGUACAGCACACUCGCCCGCUUCAUGGCUGCUAAUGGCAUGGCUGUUGCCAUUCUCGACCACCCUGAGACCUCAUCUUCGGCAGCUCUUGAUCCCUUCCAUGAUCUCAAGAAGUGGAACGCGACGGUGACUCAGACAGUUGACUCACGUAUUCACGAUAUCAACGUUGUGCUGAAAAAGCUUGAUGACGUCAAACUCCUGCAGCGCCAGUUCCAUUCACUCAGGUUCAACUCCGCCUUCGACACCCAGUCAUACUCCAUCGUCGGUCACGGUAUCGGUGGCACGACUGCGACAGUGCUGGGCAUUCUUGAUCCUCGCGUCCGCUUCUCAAUCAACCUCUCUGGUACCCCACCACUCCUUGAUCACCCCAACUACUCCACGAUCUACUUUUUCGGCCGCUCUGACUUCCGCCGUGAGAACGAUAUCCACUGGCCCGCGACCUGGAAGAACCUCGCUGGUCGCGUAACCGAGUGGGACCUCCAGAACGCCGGUAUGUUCGACUUCUCUGACCUUCCGUGGAUCGCCGACCUCGCACGUCAGGACGAGAAGAUUACCAUCGACAACGUCAACGGCCUUCGCGACACUCUGGGGCCGUUCGGCUUCCACAUCAACGCCUGCUUCCUAGAGGCAUACCUCAAGGCCGAGCUGACAGAGCCGAAGCUCGGUUAUGUCGGAGACUGCUUUCGUAUGUUCGACCAGAUGAAGCCAUACCCAGGCGGUAUUCACUAG